AAAUUGUUGAUUCUGAAUUCAACAGAUAUGCCAGCAGGCAACUGUUUUGCUAAUUUCUUUUUCACCUGAUAAAAAAUUAAUUCGUGCUGUUGCGUGUUUUCACCAAACGCACACGCAAAACACAAACACUGCUAUAUCCCCGUUUAUUAUUUUUGUAAAUAUCUGGUCGCAGGUUCCAAAAACUCAUUUAUUGCUAAGAUCUACAAAAUCAUUAAAUCUCGCAAAAGUUCGUAAGUUUUGAUUAAAAAAGAGAUAAGUUUCUGCCCUCGUCCUGCUCAUAAAUUUUUUUCUACAUUAAAAGAAAAACGAAUCAAAAUGCAAAACAAAUUUCCCUGAAAUUAUACAUUCUAACCAUACAAAAAAAUUAAGCUAACUAUUUGUCUCUUAUGCCAAGUGAUCUCGAGAUAGCUUCAGAGAGGAAGCACAAAGUUUAAAAGGAGAAGAAAAUCCCUUAACUCGUACAUAUCUCACCCCUUAUCCUCGCCCGACUCAGUUGUCAUCUGAUCACACCUGAAGAUGGAGAGGAGCAACUCGACUUCUAUGGACUUCAUUCUCGGCUGGAACCGAGAACGACGAAACUCAUCCCAUGUAACAGCAACGAACAAGGAAGAAUUCAUGAAUGAGAAAAGAGACCAAGAUCGUGACAGCCCAAACAACACGUAUAUUCUGGACUUGCGAAUAGACGAGAAAAAGGAGGUUGAAGAAAAACGACGGCCGAGCGAGUUCAAACAGAAAGAGGUCAACAUGAUGACAAUCGACGGAAUCGAUCGAAUCGAUGGCCGGGUCAAAAUCAAGAGACCCGACAACGAGAAGUUCGGGUGUCAUCAAUGCGGAAAAAAGUAUGCCAGUUCAUCUAACCUAUCGCGACAUAAGCAGACGCAUCGAAGCAUAGACAGCGAGUCUGCUAAAACCUGUCCUCAAUGUACUAAAGUAUACGUCUCAAUGCCGGCGCUUGCAAUGCAUUUAUUAACACACCAGCUACAGCAUAAAUGUGACACGUGUGGAAAAAGUUUCUCAAGGUCAUGGCUUUUGCAAUGUCACUUGAGAUCCCAUUCGGGUGAAAAGCCAUUCGGCUGUGCGCACUGCGGCAGGUCAUUCGGCGACCGGUCAAACUUAAGAGCUCACAUGCAUUUACACACAACUGAAAAACAACACAAUUGUGAUUACUGCGGAAAAAAUUUUGCUCUGAAAUCUUAUUUGAAUAAACACAACGAAACGUGCAGGACUCAAGACAUGGAUUCAAAUACGUCAGCCGAGUUUUUUCAACAGCAAUUAAACGCAUUCCAACUUGCAUCUCUUGAUGAUAAUACGGAAGUUUCCAGGAGCAGCUAGCCCGGUUUUGUUACGAAAUAAAAACUAGAGUUAGAAAAAAAUAACGUUAAAAAAUUGCGUGAAAUUAUUUUCUUCGCAAUUCCAAAUCUUGAUCGGAGUUUCAGGUCUUGUUCCAAAAAAUAUUAAGUUUGAAGAAGGUUUUUACUCGAAAAUUGAGUGUGUGCUACAUAUCAUUUCAAAUGGAGUUGUUGUUCCCUAAAUUUUUGUUCCUUUAUUUACAACUGAUUCCCAUUCCAAAUUUGAAGCCAUUCAAUUUCCGUUACUUUGAUUCCGUUACCUUAUUUCUUUUAUAACUUUUGUUAUUACUUGCUUAAUUAGUUUAGUAAUGAUUUUAAUUACGACAUAUUUCUAUCCGAGAUAGCGAAAAUUUAGCGAAAAUUUAGAAAUUUCAGCACAAAAAUGUAUUCCCUACUCCAGCAAUUGUUAGAUGCAACCAAGAUUGAUUGUGUAACUAUUUUAGCUUAUUCUAAUUUUUCAUCUCAUUCUAGAUUAGUUUCUGACUUUAAAGCGGGCCAAAUUGUUCUUAAUGACAGAACUUGGGUACAAAACUGCAAUUUUCUUAAAGUAGAACUUUGUACGUUUUGAGCCCUGCCCAAAAAUCAAAAUGGACCAAAUUUUGACACACAUUUCGAGCUUCCAAAGAUAUUUUGAACUACAUUUCCGGGUCGAGUGCAGAUCUUUUCAUGUUGCCAGUAUAUAGCUCAACAAGUUUGAAAUCUGAUUGAAUUACGAAGAAGUUGUGAUCCUGCCGAUACUUGAUGGACUUGACAAGUAACCGACUAUAUCACUGCAAAAAAGAGUCUCGCUCCAAGACCGUCUGGCGUUCAGAUAUCGACACCUAUCAACUCUGUUUCAUGAUCAAACUAUUUUAUCACAUUUAAGUUACAAUUAUCAGUUUUAUUAACAAUACUAUCAAUUAUAAAUAUAUGAAUGGUACAUUUGAGUAAGUCUAUGCUUAUGUACCAUACCUAUCUGUAUCCGACUAUUGCUUGAAUUUGAAUCGCUUAAAAUAAUUUGUUCGUUUUAA